UGUAUUGAACACAUAACUUAUUGUAGUAAUAUCUUUAUAUUGUGUAUUGAACACAUAACAUAUUGUAGUAAUAUCUUUAUAUUGUGUAUUGAACACAUAACAUAUUGUCGUAAUAUCUUUAUAUUGUGUAUUGAACACAUAACAUAUUGUCGUAAUAUCUUUAUAUUGUGUAUUGAACACAUAACAUAUUGUCGUAAUAUCUUUAUAUUGUGUAUUGAACACAUAACAUAUUGUAGUAAUAUCUUUAUAUUGUGUAUUGAACACAUAAAAUAUCGUAGUAAUAUCUUUAUAUUGUGUAUCGGAUACAUUAAAUAUUGUAGUAAUAUCUUUAUAUUGUGUAUUGAACACAUAAAAUAUCGUAGUAAUAUCUUUAUAUUGUGUAUUGAAUACAUAACA